AUGUACUACUCGUCCUCCCAAGCCGGCCCCUCCAGCGCGCUUCCUCCCAGUAUCGCAAUCACGUACACCACACACACUCACCAAUGCGCGCCCAUCACCAACCAGUCCCCUCCCAGCCGGCCACUCCCAGCGUCCUCCCAGCGCCACACCACCGCACGCACCGCGUCCGCCCCAGCACGCCUCCCGCAGCGCCCACCACCACGGCCCCCUCAAGCGGCCGCCUAUCCGCCACCAGCCGCCUUACUUCUGCGUCCCUCCCAGGAGCGUCCCUCCCAGCGCGCCCUCCCUCAGGCGUCCCUGAUAUACCCAGACGUCCCUCCCGACGUCGCUCCCAGGACGUCCCUCCAGCGCGCUCCCAGCGGCUCCUCCAUGAUUAUGCGUCCCUCCCACGCGGCCCUCCAGCGGCCGCUCCACUCCAGCGUCCCUCCAUGCCGAGCUCUCAUCCCUGCGAGCCCUCCGACGCGCGCCUUACCAGCGCCCUCCCAGCAGCCCUCCCAUGAGGCACCUCCAGACGUUCCCUUUCCCAACUGCGAAUCGCAGCAGCUUCUGAUCCGCUUCCGCAGCCCAAUUUGCACAUCGUCCCUCCCUAGACGCGCCCUCCUUGUGUCGUCCCUUUCCCACAGCUUUCAUGUCGUCCCUCUCAGGAUAGCGCAGAGCGGCGUCCCUCCAGCCCGGCCUCCAAGCCCGCUCCUCCCAGCGUCCCUCCAGCGGCCCUCCAGAAACGUCCCUCCCAAGCGGCGGUCCGAGGUUCCUCCGGAUCACCAGCAUGGCAGGCAUGCCAUGAUGCGUCUGAGUGUCUAUGCUCCAUCUCAUUAUCUCGCUACCCUCCUUCCUUACCACUCCCUUACUAUCUCC